AUGAUCAAUAAUGCACGAUGUGAUGUGAAAAAAGCGUUGAGCAAAGAAGAAAUGGCUAGGGCCCAGCAGCAAGAACGUGAGCGACUGGACCGAGGUGGCAGUUCACGUGGUCCACCAAUCGGUGGUCGAGUCGGUAACGGAGGUUGGGGUAUGGACGGUGGCGCUGGAGAUCGAGGUGGAUAUGGUGGUGGACAGCCGUGGGCUCCAGGUGGUGUUGGACCAAGGGGUGGUUACGGUGGUGGUCAAGGUGGCGGUGGUCAAUGGGGUGCACCGGGAGGCGGAUGGGGAGGUCAAGGUGGUGGCUCCCACGGAGGUUGGGGCGGUUAA